UGAUGAUAAAAGAAAAAGUGAUUUUAAGAAGUGAAGUUUAUCAUGUGUAUUCAUCUGAAUAAUAGGAAAGAAUGAAAGUAUAUUUUGAUUUAUCAGAAAGUAAUGAUAAAAUUGAUUAAUAAUAUUAGAAUAUCAAAAAUGUCUAGAACCAUGUUAAAAAUUAGUUGAUGGUGAAAUUUGCAAAAAGAAUUGUGAAAAAGUAUUUGAUGAUUACACUAAAUUAUUAUAACAUCGUUAUGAAGGAGAUAAAAAAGAAUUAAUUGAUGCAAAAGUAUUAAAUUUCAUUCUUAAAAUUAGGUUUCAGGAUUGCCUUCUUUUGAUAGUUUCAAAAGAAAGGAUAGAGGUUUCUUUUAUAAAGUUUUUGGAUUUAAUUUUAGUGAAUUUUGGGAACCUGAUCAAAGACAAAUUAAACAAAUAUGA